GUGGCCCCGGGGUGCGGAGCUGGUGCCCGGCGUGGAGAUCCGCGAGCGCAGCCAUGCCCCAGGCCGCCUCCGGAGCAGGAGCAACGGCGGCGGCCGGGGCCGGGGCCGGGGCCGGGGCCGGGGCCGGAGACGCCGGAGGGCCGGCAACGACCCGGGAGGGACGAUGAAGCGGCAGAAUGUGCGCACGUUGGCUCUCAUCGUGUGCACCUUCACCUACCUGCUGGUGGGCGCCGCGGUGUUCGACGCGCUGGAGUCGGAGCCGGAGAUGAUCGAGCGGCAGAGGCUGGAGCUGCGGCAGCUGGAGCUGCGGGCGCGCUACAACCUCAGCGAGGGCGGCUACGAGGAGCUGGAGCGCGUCGUGCUGCGCCUCAAGCCGCACAAGGCCGGCGUGCAGUGGCGCUUCGCCGGCUCCUUCUACUUCGCCAUCACCGUCAUCACCACCAUCGGCUAUGGCCACGCGGCGCCCAGCACAGACGGGGGCAAGGUGUUCUGCAUGUUCUACGCGCUGCUGGGCAUCCCGCUCACGCUCGUCAUGUUCCAGAGCCUGGGGGAGCGCAUCAACACCUUCGUGAGGUACCUGCUGCACCGUGCCAAGAAGGGACUGGGCAUGCGGCACGCCGAGGUGUCCAUGGCCAACAUGGUGCUCAUCGGCUUCGUGUCGUGCGUCAGCACGCUGUGCGUCGGCGCCGCGGCCUUCUCCUACUACGAGCGCUGGACCUUCUUCCAGGCCUAUUACUACUGCUUCAUCACGCUCACCACCAUCGGCUUCGGCGACUACGUGGCGCUGCAGAAGGACCAGGCGCUGCAGACGCAGCCGCAGUACGUGGCCUUCAGCUUCGUGUACAUCCUCACCGGCCUCACGGUCAUCGGCGCCUUCCUCAACCUCGUGGUGCUCCGAUUCAUGACCAUGAACGCCGAGGACGAGAAGCGGGACGCGGAGCACCGCGCGCUGCUCACGCACAACGGCCAGGCAGGCGGCCUGGGCGGCCUGAGUUGCCUAAGCGGUAGCCUGGGCGACGGCCUGCGUCCCCGCGACCCGGUCCUGUGCCCGGCGGCCGCGGGCGGCGUGGGCGUGGGCGGCGGCGGCUUCCGCAACGUCUACGCCGAGGUGCUGCACUUCCAGUCCAUGUGCUCGUGCCUCUGGUACAAGAGCCGCGAGAAGCUGCAGUACUCCAUCCCCAUGAUCAUCCCUCGGGACCUCUCCACCUCCGACACGUGCGUGGAGCACAGCCACUCGUCGCCGGGAGGCGGCGGCCGCUACAGCGACACGCCCUCGCACCCCUGCCUGUGCAGCGGGACGCAGCACUCGGCCAUCAGCUCGGUGUCCACCGGCCUGCACAGCCUGGUUACCUUCCGCAGCCUCAUGAAGCGCAGGAGCUCGGUGUGAACCGCAGCCAGGCCCGGAGCACCUGUGAGCCAGCGGGGCGGGGGGCAGGAGGGGAAGCCUGCAGAAGCCGCAGGAGUUGGCCAGGAGGCCGCCUCCCAAAGACGCCUUCGGGGCCCCCCGUGGGAAGUCCCCAACCCGCCGCCGCCGCCACCACCACCUCUACUCUUCCCCAGCUCCUAAAUCUCCAACUGGGCGGGUUUGCACCAGCCAGCAGGAGGCCGGGCUCUGAGGAUCCCUGGAGCCCCCAUCAGGGCCUGGUGAAUUCCGAGAAAUGUGAAACUUGGGGGGCAGGGGAGGUGGGGAAAGCAGCCACUGGGAGCCGCUGAGAAGCUCCCUAGUCCUCAGAGGCCCUGCUGGGCCCACACCCCUCACCUCCGUAUGGGGACUAAUGUUCUCGGUUUUGGGUUUUUUGUUUUCUGUAUUGUUUUGGGUUUUUUUCUUUUCUUUUCUUUUUUUUCAUCUCUACUUAUACCUCCCCUGGGCUCUCCAAAGCCUAGGGUGUCUUUGUCCAGGUCACCCCUCCCCCACUCGGUCCCACCUUGCUCUCUCAUCCCCAGCCGUGUCUCCAAGCCUCUCACCGCCUUCUGUGUCCACUACCUUCUGUUUUUUGCAUGGCUAUGCAGUUAUGGAAGAAAAAGAAAAAGAAAAAAAAAAAAAAAAAAGGAAACCCCAGCAGUCCCUAAAGCUAGUCCCCAGAGGGCAGGACAGGAAGGGAAAAAAAAAAAAAGGCAGGCCACAGGAGUUAGAGUGAAGAGAGUGCCGAAACUGUGGCUUCCCAUUCUGCAAACAUCAGUAGUAGGUGAGCUACCUGGGGCCUGGUACCACUCUCAGGCUCCUGGGAGCCUCCAGCCUUCAGGACUGCCCUUGGAAUCUGAAACAGUCUCCCGCUUGCUGUCCCUGGCUGCUGCUGCUGCUGCUCAUCUCCUCUUCCAUUUAUAGUGAUUUUUAGCACCAGAAACCCUGUCCUACCUACUCAUUCAUUUGAGUGUAAUAACUCUGGUUAAGUCACCUGGGCAGUUCUUAUGGCCAUUUUUCAGAAGAGGAAAACAGGUUAAAAAAAAUUACUUGCCCAGGGUGAUUCAAGUCUUGAAGGGGAACAAGAAUUUGCAGGCUUGUUCCCAGCCCAAGUGCUCUUCCUUCCAGCUCAGCCUGCUCUCCGAAGCAAAGCCCCUGCAGGCAGCACCCUGGCAUCGUGUAGGGAGCUGGGGCUUAAACCAGAAUCAAAAGGCCCAGCCAGAGACACUGCCAGUGCUCUGUCUCUGCUACUCUUUAGCCCAGAGACUGCGGCUCUAAAUGGACCCUUGUCUCCGUUCACAGGCAGGGAAGUCCUUGGGACCAAGGUAAGCAGGACUGAGUCUCAUGGACUAAAAGCCAGGAGUUGGAACUCUUGCAAGUUCAGGGAUUGGGCAGAGCAGCCCAGACGCUGACAGGUAUGCCCUGGGACAUUACCUCUGGCCUAGAAGCCGGAGCACCUGCAUCCUAAGUUGCAAGUGAGGCUUCCUUCCACUGCAGCCAGGAACACCCCUCUGGGGGAAAGAAGGUAUCGGACCUGGUAUGCCCUCUACCUCCUCCACCUGCAACCCAGGUGGUCAGUGGCCUACUGUUGGCUGGCUACCGGGACAAGCUGGAGGCGGGAGAGUGCCCAGGACAGCAGAAGGGUAUGUGUGGGGCUCUAGGUGUAGCUCGGAGGUAGAGCACUGUCCUAGUGUGCUUCAGGCCCCCGAGUUUCAUCCCCAGAACUGUGAAAAGGGGGAAGGGAACCCUCCCAUCACCACCCCCUCCCCAGGGCUGCCUUCCACUCACUGUUCCCAGGCCUAGCUCCAUACUGCUGAGUAAGGCCAGCCUGACCAUUUGGGGAGCUAGAGAGAGGGAGCCCCAUCAUGUCCUCCAGGCCGUGGGGAAUGCUCAGGUGGAAAGAAGCUGGCCUUUGUGUACCCCGUGUUCAUGUGGAAGAGCUGGCCUGUGGGCCCAGGGGAAUAGGACCCAGGAGCUGGAGAGGUGCUGUCUGUGUUUAUGUUGGGCUGGAGGCAGUGCUGGCUGCCUCUGUCCUGUGUGUGACCCUGCCCUCGAGGGGUCAAGUCCCGUCAGAGUCAGAUCCGAGGGAGCCACAACCAAAGUUACAGAGAGGGUGGGGAAGGCAGCAGAGUGGCCCUAGGGGUCUGAGCAUGGGGGACUGCUGGUCUCCUGUAGGGUCUUGCCUAGGGAACUAGAAGGCCACUGUCACUUCCUGUCUCACCCCCUCCCACUGCAGGCAGCCUUUCUGCUUCCCCAAUGCCUUAUGCCUGGGCACACUGCCACAGAAUAUGCAAUAUGUGUGGGUGACAUGCCCCACACUCACCCGGGCAGCCCCUAAGUCCCCAGGCUGUGGCUGCCCUGGCCCCCCUCAGCAGCUCCUGCCCAUCUGUCUUCACACUGAGAAUGGCACCUAAUAAAUGCUGUCCAUGGAG